ACGGAGCUGGCCCUGCGCCAGAGUGUGGAGGCUGACAUCAACGGCCUGCGGCAGGUCCUGGACCAGCUCACGCUCUGCAGGUCUGACCUGGAGGCACAGCUCGAGUCGCUGCGGGAGGAGCUCUGCUGCCUCAAGAAGAACCACGAGGAGGAGAUGAACUGUUUGAGGAAACAAUCGACUGGAGAUGUGAGCGUGGAGGUCAAUGCGUGUCCUGGCCCAGACCUCAGAAAGAUCCUGGAGGAGAUGAGAUGCCAGUAUGAAACACUGAUUGAACGCAAUCGCAAAGAGGUUGAGGAUUGGUACGAGUGCAAGAUUGAGGAGGUGAAUCGGGAGGUUAUUACAAGUGGUCAGGAGGUAGAGACGUGCAACAACCAGGUGACUGAACUGAGACGCCAAUUGCAAGCCCUGGAAAUUGAUCUCCAAGCUCAGCUCAGCCAGAGGGACAACCUGGAAUCCUCACUGGCUGAGACAGAGUGUCGCUACAACAACCACCUUGCUGAGCUCCAGAACCAGAUCACGUGCGUGGAGCAGCAACUGGCUGAUCUGCGGGCAGAAAUGGAGUGCCAGAACCAAGAGUACAAGAUCCUGCUGGACGUCAAAUGCCGCCUGGAGCAGGAGAUCCACACAUACCGCUGCCUGCUGGAGGGGGGACAGCAGGACCUUAUUCAGCAAGGAGGAAUUGGUCAGUCCUCAGGUCUAGGAGGAGGAGUUGCAAGAACAAGUGGAAUAGGAGGAGGAGGUAUCAUUCGAACAAGCCACACUUAUACUUCGUCUUCCCAGAUGCCUUCCUGUGCAGCUGCGGAGAUACAAGUGCCUUGCAGAAGGAUUUGUGAUUAAGCAGAGAAAUGAGAAUAUCCAACAAGAGAACCCUGAAUCUCUUCAUCCAGAGCUAUGGGUGAAGAGAAAGGAUAUUUAGCAUAUGCCCCUGCAGAGAGCAGGGACAUGUUCUUCUGUAUUACUCAGCAAUGCUAAGCCAUGUGUCAGAGGGAUGAGCGAGAGCGUUGGGCCACAUUCUGCUUUAUUUUGCUAUGUGCUUUUUCCAAUCUGUAUUGCUGCAUGUGCCCAAGCACCAUGACUAUUGCUGGAGCUCACCAGUUGUGUGGUCACCGUGUACCUGCUGGUGAAAAAACGUCUCUAAUAAAACUUUGCUUCUGCCUGAUGCAAUCAA